CAGCCAUCUGUGCCGACAAACAUCGGGGCUCCAUCCGCAUACUGUCCGCACGUCCCUCGCACUUGCACCUUCCAAGUCGAUACGCGCGCCCCUUGCCAUCGGCCCUGAUUGGCAGCUCACAAAUCUGCUUUUGGCCGGUUCCAGCACUUCCCGACUCCCGACGUCGACAGCUUCAUCACUUCCCCGUCGUCGCGAUGGAUGAAAGUACGGCUAGCUACGGCACGCCAACGAACGGCGCGUCGCCGAGCGCCAACCCGAUCCUAGCGCAACCGCCUCUUCCUGAUGCCAAUGAGCAGAACGAAGACGUGCAAAUGGGCGAGGACCCUGCGAUCAAGCAAGACAGCACGACUCCCGCGCCCGGCGCCUCAUCAGACAACCCCCUCGACGCCCCCGAAGGCCCACCUGCCGAAACGACUGGACAGGACGAGGAGAUGGGUGACGCGCCAAAGAACGAGCCCGUGCAGGCUGAAGCCUCCGGUCAGGACGGUUCUUCUGGCGAGACCAAGACGAAGGAGCACGUCGAGAACGCUGCGAGGCAGCACUUGAUCUCUCAGACACAUGCCAUUGUGCUUCCGAGCUACAGCACCUGGUUCGACAUGAACACCAUCCACAACAUCGAGCGGAAAGCAUUGCCCGAGUUCUUCAACAACCGGAACCGGAGCAAGACUCCUGCAGUGUACAAGGACUACCGCGACUUCAUGAUUAAUGCCUACCGCCUGAAUCCGGUCGAAUACCUGACCGUCACCGCCUGCCGGCGCAACCUCGCCGGUGAUGUGUGCGCCAUCAUGCGCGUACAUGCUUUCCUGGAGCAGUGGGGCCUUAUCAACUACCAAGUCGAUGCUGAUCAGCGGCCAUCCCACAUUGGCCCGCCCUUUACCGGUCACUUCAAGAUCAUCUGCGACACCCCUCGCGGCCUCCAGCCCUGGCAACCAGCCGCCGACCCCGUCGUCACCGAGGGCAAGCCGAACAAAGAUACCGAUGCCAAGGCUUCUGCCACCCCGGCACCCAAGACUGAGCUCAAUCUGGAAGUCGGCCGCAACAUCUACGAGGCGAAUGCCAAGCAUAACAAGCUCAACAAGAGCGACGGCAAGACCAACGGGGAAACGCCGACGACUAAUGGUGUGUCGGGCACCGACGAGCUCCCCAAGGCUCCAAUCGCAAAGGUCAACUGCUUCAACUGCGGCACCGACUGCACCCGCAUCUACUAUCACAGUUCGCAAUCCGACCCGAAUAACAAGGCAAAAUACGACCUGUGCCCGAGCUGCUACCUCGAAGGACGUCUGCCGGGCAACCAGACGAGCGCCCACUACACCCGCAUGGAGAACCCCACGUACUCGUCCAUUCUCGAUAGGGACGCACCGUGGAGCGACGCCGAGAUUCUCCGACUUCUCGAGGCGCUCGAGCGCUACGAUGAGGACUGGGGCGAGAUCGCCGAUUACGUGGGCACCCGAACACGCGAGGAGUGCGUGCUCCAGUUCCUGCAGCUCGACAUUGAGGACAAGUACCUUGAGUCCGAGAGGCUGGAUGCCCCGAUCGGGCUCCAGAUGCUGGGCAGCCAUGGCGGUCAGCUUCCGUUCAGCCAGACGGACAACCCGGUCAUGUCGGUGGUCGGCUUCCUCGCCAGCCUGGCGGAUCCUGCUAGCACGGCGGCCGCCGCUAACAAGUCGGCCGAGAUCCUGAAACAGAACCUCCGGAACAAGCUCGAGGGCGGCUCGCAAGGCGAUGGCCAGGCUAACGGCAAGGGCAAGGAAAAGGACGGCAGCGACUCGAUGGAUGUCGACGCCAGGCAAGAGACGACAACGACGACCACGACGACCACGGCUACAACCACAACCACAACCACAACCACCACGUCCACCACGUCCUCGUUGGCGAACAUCCCGCUCGCCGCCGUGGGCGCCCGGGCCGGCGGCCUCGCGUCCCACGAGGAGCGCGAGAUGACGCGGCUGGUGUCGGCGGCGGUCAACGUCACGCUGGAGAAGAUGGAGCUCAAGCUCAAGUACUUUAACGAGAUGGAGGCGAUCCUGCAGGCGGAGCGCCGCGAGCUGGAGCGCGCCCGCCAGCAGCUGUUCCUCGACCGUCUCGCCUUCAAGCGCCGCGUGCGCGAGGUCCAGGAGGCCCUCAAGCAGGCCGUCGCGGCCGGCGGUGAGCAGGGCGCGCGCAUGGCCCAGGAGAUCUCCACCGACAUUCCGCGCAUGAGCUUCCACGCCCCGCCUGCCCCGGGGGCCGUGCAGCCGUUGAGUGCCGAGGGGCCAACCAAGAGCUAUGAGGCCUAA